GGCGCCGCGACGGGCGCUGCCCGGGCGGAGGGAGCGGAGCCUCGUCCGUGUCUCCCCGCGGGAUCCCCGAGCGCGGGCCGGGCACGGGGAUGGGGCUCGGAGGGGCGCCCGGCGCCGCCUCCUCGCUUGCGGGCUGCGGGAGCCCCCACGCAGCGCAGGGCAGUUGAAUCCCGCCCGCGGCGGAGCGAAGGACCGGGACGCGAUUUAUUUGCUGCAUUCCCAGGGACGUCGCUUCCACCUGCGAGCGAGUUUGAGCGGUCGGCUGUGGAUUUUAUAGUUGCUUCUCCGCAAACCAAGGGUUAGCCGGGUGGCUUUGGCUUUUUGGGAAGGAGCCCUGCCCCGGCCCGCUGUGUGCGAUGGAUUGAGGCGUGCCCGGCUGCGCCCCCAGCCCGGCCGCCGCCCGCAGCCCACAUCGAUGCGAUGGAAAGUCGGGGGCUGUUCUGCACCCUCUGUUACCUGAUGUUCAACGCGCCUCUGCUGUUCAUUGUCACCGCUACCUUUACUGAAGUUCCCAAAGAUGUGACUGUUAGGGAGGGAGAUGAUAUUGAGAUGCCUUGUGCUUUCCGAGCCAGCGGAUCCACCUCUUACUCCUUGGAAAUCCAGUGGUGGUACCUUAAAGAACCAGCCAGAGAACUUGCACACGAAUUAGCCAUCAGUGUCCCUGGCAGCAGGAGCAAGGUAACAAAUAAGGAUGCAACCAAAAUCAGUACGGUCCGCGUCCAGGGCAACGACAUCUCGCACCGGCUGCGGCUCUCGGGCGUGCGGCGGCAGGACGAGGGCGUGUACCAGUGCCGCGUGUCGGACUACAGCGACGACGAGACGCAGGAGCACAAGGCUCAGGCGCUGCUGCGCGUCCUGUCCCGCUUCGCGCCGCCCGACGUGCAGGCGGCCGAGGCGGUGUCGCACAUCCAGAGCGGGGCCGCCCCGCGCCGCCACGGCCCCGCCGCCCGCCCCACGCCGCCGCCCGGCCCC